GCCAUAAAGCCCAUGGGGAGCCGGCCGGGCUGAGCACGGCGGGACCCGCGACCCCCCCAGCAAGCUGCAGGUUAUCCUGGAAUUUGGAUUGUCCUGGAUGUAGACUAUCCCCGGUGUGGAUUAUCCCACGUGUGAACUAUCCCAAGUAUGACGUCCUCCACCAAGGUGUACUACAGCCAGACCACGCAGACCGACAGCCGCCCCCUGAUGGGGCCGGGGCUGCGGCGGCGCCGCGUGCUGACCAAGGACGGCCGCAGCAACGUGCGCAUGGAGCACAUCUCGGACAAGCGCUUCCUGUACCUCAAGGACCUGUGGACCACCUUCAUCGACCUCCAGUGGCGCUACAAGCUCCUGCUCUUCUCCGCCACCUUCGCCGGCACCUGGUUCGCCUUCGGCGUGGUGUGGUACCUGGUGGCGGCGGCGCACGGCGACCUGCUGGAGUUCGAGCCGCCCGCCAACCACACGCCGUGCGUGAUGCAGGUGCACACGCUCACCGGCGCCUUCCUCUUCUCCCUCGAGUCGCAGACCACCAUCGGCUACGGCUUCCGCUACAUCAGCGAGGAGUGCCCGCUGGCCAUCGUGCUGCUCAUCACCCAGCUGGUGCUCACCACCAUCCUGGAGAUCUUCAUCACCGGCACCUUCCUGGCCAAGAUCGCGCGGCCCAAGAAGCGCGCCGAGACCAUCAAGUUCAGCCAGAACGCCGUGGUGGCGCAGCACGACGGCAAGACCUGCCUGAUGAUCCGCGUGGCCAACAUGAGGAAGAGCCUCCUGAUCGGCUGCCAGGUCACCGGCAAGCUGCUGCAGACCCACCUGACCAAGGAGGGCGAGAGCGUGCGCCUCAACCAGCUCAACGUGGACUUCCAGGUGGACACGUCCUCGGACAGCCCCUUCCUCAUCCUCCCGCUGACCUUCUACCACGUGGUGGACGAGGCCAGCCCGCUGCGGGACGUGUCCCUGCGCUCGGGCGACGGCGACUUCGAGCUGGUGGUCAUCCUGAGCGGCACCGUGGAGUCCACCAGCGCCACGUGCCAGGUGCGCACGUCCUACCUGCCCGAGGAGAUCCUGUGGGGCUACGAGUUCACGCCGGCCAUCUCGCUGUCGGCCAGCGGCAAGUACGUGGCCGACUUCAGCCUCUUCGACCGCGUGGUGAAGGUGGCGGCGCCGUGCUGUCACCACGAGGCCGUGCGGUUCGGGGACCCCGAGAAGGUCAAGCUGGAGGAGUCGCUGCGCGAGGCCGAGCGGGACGGGGAGGGGGCCCCGCUCAGCGUCCGCAUCAGCAACGUCUGAGAUGGGGGACACGGAGGUGACAUCGGAGCCGGGGCAAGGGGUGGCCAGGGGUGGCGGCGGAGCGAGGGGGUGGUGGUGGCACGUGGAGGUGGCGCUGUGGCUGGAGGUGGCACCAGGGUCAGGGGGGCACAAACAUCUUGGGGUGUCAUUGGAUUCAAGGGGACAGCAACAUCUGGGGAUGUCACCAGCCCCAAAGGGACACCCAACAAAUGGCGGUGCCACCAGCCCCAAAGGGACAUCAGCAUCUGGAGGUGCCACUGAUUCAAGGGGACACCAACAUGUGGAGGUGCCACCAGCCCUGGAGGUGCCACCAGCCCCAAAGAGACACCAGCCCCAAAGGGACACCAACAUCUGGAGGUGUCAUUGGAUUCAAGGGGACACCAGCAUCUGGGGGUGUCACCAUUUCAAGGGGACACCAGCAACUGGAGGUGUCACCAGCCCCAAAGGGACACCAGCCCCAAAGGGACACCAACAUCUGGGGUGUCACUGAUUCAAGGAGACACCAGCAUCUGGGGGUGUCACCAGCACUGGAGGCGCCAUCAGCCCCAAAGGGACACCAGCAUCUGGAGGUGUCACUGAUUCAAGGGGACACCAAUAUCUGGAGGUGUCACCAGCCCUGGAGGUGCCACCAGUCUCAGAGUGUUACCAAGCCUGGAAGUGUCACCAGCCCCAAGGGGACACAAAUGUCUGGAGCUGCCACCAGUCCCAAAGUGUCACCCACCCCUGGAGGUGUCGCCAACAUCUGGAGGCGCUGCCAGGCCCAAAAUGCCACCAGUCUCUAAUAGUGUCACCAACGCCCAGAAGAGCCACCAGCCAAGAUUCCCCCAGUGCCUGGAAGUGUCACUAAGCCCUGGAAGUGCCACCAUCUGGAGGUGCCACCAACCCGUGGAGAUGCCACCAUUCCUGGAGGUGACACCAGCCCCAAAGUGCCACCAGCCCCUGGAGAUGCCACCAGCCCUAAGAUGGCACCAUUCCCUGGAGGUGACACCAGUCCCUGGUGCCCCAAAGUGCCACCAAGCCCUGGAGUGCCACCAACCACUGUGGAGGUGCCACCAACCCCUGGAGGUGCCACCAACCCCUGUGGAGAUGCCACCAGCUCCUGGAGGUGUCACUAACCCCUUGGAGGUGCCACCAAUGCCUAGAAAUGCCACCAACCCAUGGAGGUGCCACCACCCCUGGAGUCCCCUGGAGGUGCCACCAACGCCUGGAGGUGCCACCAGCCCCAAAGUGCCACCAAUGCCUAGAAUUGUCACCAAGCCCUGGAGGUUUCACCACCCCUGGAGGUGCCACCGUCCCUGGAGUGUCACCACCCGCAGGGCGCUGCUGCUCCCCCCCCCCGCCAGGGGAAACUGAGGCAGGAGCCCCCUCCCCGCCCCCCCCAAGCGCUGGAGCCCCUCCCUGUGCCCCCCCCGCACUCCGGGCGGUGUCGGGGGGUCCCCCCGGGGGUGUCACCGAUAAUCGAGGCCACCGUGUCCCCUCCCCCCCCCCCCCCCCCCGCCCGUCGCUGCUGCUUAACGUAGACCCCGCCAUUAACGCGGCCCCCCCGCGCCGGGGCAAUUAGUGCCACUAAUUAAAGGCGUCGGUAAUGAGGAAGGAGCGGGACCCCCCCCACACCAAAACCGCCCCUCCCCCAUCCCUUUUGGGGGGGGGGCCCGAGCUCGGUUUGGGGGCGGGGGGGGGGAGGGGCAGGAGUUCAAUAAAGGUGACGUCGAUGGUGGGGGGUGUCCCCGGUGUCCCCAUGGUGACCCCCGGUGUCCCCUCAGCCCCAGGGACCCCCCCUCAAUGUCCCGACUGUGUCCCCAAUGUCCCCAUGGUAACUCCCGAUGUCCCCUCAGCCCCAGGGACCCCCCCACUAAUGUCCCCAAUGUCCCCAAAUGUCUCCCCCAGGGAUUCCCGGUGACUCCCAGGGUCCCCUUUGGUCCCCAGGGUCCUCCUAAAGCUCCUCCAAUGUCCCCACUGUGUCCCCAAUGUCCCCACGGUGUCCCCUGAUAUCCCCUCAGCCCCAGGGACCCCCCCCAAUGUCCCCAGGGAUCCCCCAAUGUUUCUCAGGGUCCCCCCAGAAUGUCCCCAACAUUUUCUCAAUGUCCCCAAGGACCCCAAAAUGUCCCUCCCAACGUCCCCAGAGAUCCCCCCCAGUGUCCCCAAGGAACCCCCAAUGUGCCAAGGGACCUCCCAAUGUCCCCUCAAUGUCCCCAGAGAUCCUCCAGUGUCCCCCAUAACGUCCCCAGUAUCCCCCCAGUGUCCCCUCAAUGUCCCCACAGAUCCCCCCAGUGUCCCCAAGGAACACCCAAUGUCCCCCCCCAUGUCCCCAGUGUCCCCCCCACAUUGUCCCCACAUUGUCCCCAGUGUCACAGGCCAGGUAAAGGACACAGGUUUAUUUCCAGUACCCCCCCCACCACGCUCCCAGUUUGGGGGGACACUGGGACCAGGGGGACACUGGCGCUGUCCCCAGGUGGUGGCACCAGCCCUGUCCCCCCCCCACCCAGAGCCUCCCGGGGACAGAGAGGGGACAGGGAGGGACAAUGGCGGGGGGGGACAAAAAGGGGGAACGAGGGGAGGGGACAAAGGGGACACAAAGAGGGGACAAAGAGGGGACACGGGGACCCCCAAGUUCCAGAGGCAGCAGCGGCGAAGGCACCGGAGAGGCUUUAAAAAAACCGCGGCGAAAAUCCC